AUGGAACUCAUCGAUCAAAUCAUAGUUCCCUGCUGUCUGCUUGGGCUGGUGGCGGCCGUUGCGCAGUUCUUGGUCAUCAGGCGCAUCAAGCUCACGCCGGAUGGGAAGGACAGCCUCAGCACAGGGCUCACAGCAGGUGGCAGUGAGCAGGCAGCGAAGUUGGUACCCGAGAUCUACGAAAAGAUCAUGACGGGCGCAAUUCAGUUCCUCAAGGUGGAGUAUGCCAUUUGUACCGCCUUCUGCGUCGUCUUCGCUUUCCUUAUUAGUGCUUUGGUUUCUUGGGGCACGAAGGACACGUUGCAGGGACACCUGACCGCGGGAGCCUUCCUCACAGGAGCCUUCACAUCGAUGCUUUGCGGCUUCCUUGGCAUGAUGGUCGCCACUUACUCCAAUGCGCGCACCACUCUUGCCUGUGCCUACAGCGGCUACACCCUUGGCUUCAACACCGCCUUUCGGGGUGGCAGCGUCAUGGGCUAUGCGCUCUGCUCCCUGGGAGUGCUGAUCCUGUGGAUGCUCUUGAGCUUCUACCGCACCAUCUAUCCGGAGGCUGAUGACUGGGAGAUCCUCUUCGACUGUGCAGCGGGUUAUGGCCUCGGCGGCAGCACCGUGGCCAUGUUCGGCCGCGUCGGUGGUGGCAUCUACACGAAGGCCGCAGAUGUUGGUGCGGACCUCGUCGGCAAAGUCGUGGCCGGCCUGGACGAGGACGAUCCCAACAACCCCGCCACCAUUGCGGACAACGUGGGCGACAACGUGGGUGACAUUGCCGGCAUGGGCGCAGACCUUUUCGGCUCCUUCGCCGAGAGCACUUGUGCAGCAUUGGUCAUCGCUGCAGCAGCCGUGGAAGGUUCGCACCACACGCUGGCAGAUGCUGGCUGGGAUGCCAUGCUCUUCCCCUUGGCUAUCUCCGCUGCUGGCAUUGUGAUCUGCAUCCUCUGCGGGUUUGUGGCUACCAACAUCUCCCCUGUCAAGGACGAGCCCGACAUCGAAUUCGUGCUGAAGGUACAGAUGGUGCUCACCGCUUUCUUGAUGCUUCCCGUAAUCUACUACCUCGCGGUGUUCUUGCUGCCGGCAGAGUUCCGCCUGGAGGGCGUGCGCUUGACCGAGGAUGGGCGUCAGGCAAAGAUCACCGGCAGCCCGUUCAAGUGCUUCAUUUGUGCCACCAUGGGAUGUGUCGGAGGUCUUAUCAUCGGCUUGGUCACGGAGUACUUCACCUCCCACAGCUAUGUUCCCACUCGUGAGCUGGCGAGUGCUUGCAAGUUCGGCACUGCUGUGAACAUCAUCCAGGGCUUGGCCUUGGGCUACAAGAGUUGCAUCGUUCCUGUCUUCGUGCUGUCCUCGGCCAUCUACGUGUCCUUUCAGCUCUGCGACCUCUACGGCAUUGCCUUGGCAGCUUUGGGCAUGCUCGCCACGCUCUCCUGUGGCCUCACCAUUGAUGGCUUCGGGCCUAUCUCGGACAACGCGGGUGGCAUCGCAGAGAUGGCACUUUUCGGUCCCGAGGUUCGCCGUCGCACGGACGCCUUGGAUGCCGCCGGCAACACCACCGCCGCCAUCGGCAAGGGCUUCGCCAUCGGCUCCGCCGCUUUGGUCUCUCUGGCCCUUUAUGGCGCCUUUGUUGUGCGGCUGCGUGUGAAGACUGGUGUCAACAUCCUGGAGCCAGUGACUUUUGCCUUCCUGAUCAUCGGCUGCAUGAUCCCCUACUGGUUUGCCGCCCUCACCAUGAAGUCCGUCGGCAAGGCCGCAGGUGAGAUGGUAGCCGAAGUGAAGAGGCAGUUCAGCGUCAAGGACAGCCAAGGCAAGACCUUGCUGGACGGAAGCACAGAGCUGAAGCCAGACUCGUUGACAUGCAUCCAAAUCUCCACCCAGGCUUCUUUGGUAGAGAUGGUCGCUCCGGCCUGCCUGGUGAUCCUCUCGCCACUCCUGGCUGGUACCUUCUUCGGCGUCCAGGCCGUCUUCGGCCUCCUCACAGGUUCUUUGGGCUCCUCCGUGCAGCUUGCGAUCUCCAUGUCCAACUCGGGCGGCGCUUGGGACAACUGCAACUGGGCUGGUUGGAAAGGCAAGAAGUUCAUCAAGAACGGCUUCUCCGAUGACCCGGAGCUGCGAUACACCAAGAACCCGAAGACAGCCGAGGAGAUCAAGGCUGCGCCAAAGGCCAAGGAGGCCCACGACGCUGCGGUGCAGGGCGACACCGUCGGCGACCCCUUCAAGGACACCUCGGGUCCUGCUUUGAACAUCGUGAUGAAGUUGCAGGCCAUCGUGUCCCUCGUCUUUGCCGCAUACUUCGCUGCCAUCAACCACGGCCAUGGCUUCUUCGGGCAAGCGGCCCUGUGA